GGGCCGCGGGAAGGGUGCGGGGCCCGCCCCGCCUCGGCCGGGGUGGAUGAAGUGAGGGUCUUGGACCGGGUGGCUCUGAGGGGCCCUCCUAGGCUUGACAGGCUGCGCUCAAGGCCGGGCGGCUGUCGACACAAAUCGGGCGCAGAGCUUCUUCCCCGGGAGGCAGGUGUUGGGUGUCUUUGGUGUCUCCGUAGGAAACCAGAGAAGAGCUGUGACUGCUCCCCUCAGGGAGGCCUCUGGGCCUGCCCUGGAAACGAGGAUGGCUGCCAGUGUUUGGGGGCUAACCUCGUCCUUGCUCUCCACGGGGUAUACCGGAGAUAGCGCUUGCCUUCGAGAAUCGCCCCUCCGUGGGUUCUCCCCCGCACUCUUUGUUCAGUGGCCUAGGCUUUCUGAGAAAGGAGCACUUGGUAUAGAGAGGAGUAACCCACUUUCCCAGGACUACAAAGCUGGGAGUUAAGCCCAGAGUUUAAACGUUGGGUUCGGAGGCUUUUUUGACUAGGUGAAUAGUUGUCACACCGAGAACCGCCUGUGGACCUAGGGAAAGACCUUUGUGAUCCAGACUUGAGGCUUAUUUACGUUUGGCCUGUUUCCAUGCAAACUGUAAAGCGCUUUGGGUUAGCUGCCCUCAUCCAGAGUAAACACUGAGCUGAACAAUGCCCUUCCUUGGGCACUCUUCCCACAGUCUGUACUUGGCCCAGCUUCUCUUGAAAUGUUCCCUCCUUCACCUCAUUUGGAUAAAUCAGAUGGAUGUUUUUUGCUUAAUGCAUUAAACAACUACCUUAAUCAGUCAUAACCACAUUACAGGAAAAUUGGAUGUAAUUAGGACCUGUCAAAUGUGCUUAAGUCCAGGUUCCGCCAUACUGAUGCUAAGCAGCUUCCUUGGUCUUCCUACACUUGAGUAUUCUACGUAUAACAUGAAAGCUGCGAAACAGAUCAUCUUUUAGGCUUCCUCCUCUUUCAGAUGUCUGUGAUUCUGUGAAUUUCAUGACCUCCCCCCCCUUCCCCACUCUUACUUUUCAAACCCAUUCUUUACCUCCAGAGGAAUGGGCAUUGAGAGUAGAAGAUGGGAGUCUCUUUCCCUAAAACACCCUGGUUGGGAAACGAUGGUAGUUCCUGACUUGUUUCUUCCCUGGACAAGAAAAAUUCCCUCUGAACUACCUUUUUCUCCUUGUGAUAACAGCAGAAACUGAGCAGCAACAGCCCUUGGAGAGAGACUAAGUUUUUCUUGACUUCUACGGUGACAGAGACCUUGAGAAAGUUGGUACUUCUGGCCUACGCUGCCAACAUCCUACCACCCAGCCCAAGACAGCCCACGCUGGACAUUAGUGCCUCCCUCUUUAUUCCUCUGUGAUCAUCCAGAUCAGCACCUGACUGUUUAUUUUCAAAUCUCACAAACCCAGUUCAGUCCUCAGAUCUUCGUAAUUUUGGUUCUCAGCUGCUCUUGAAGGACAGUGACUUGUUAUCACCACAACAGCAGAGCCUGCCAUCCCCAGCAGAUCUACAGUCAGCCCCUGACAUCACCCCCUCCCUUGUCUCCCUCUGUGGCCUCCUAAAUGCCCAUCCCAUUGGCCUGGGUUCAGCUGGUGGUAUGGAGGGGUGCUGCCUAGCACUGACCUGGGAUUGUGUGUGACCCACUGACCCAAUGGACAUCAAAGGCCAGUUCUGGAAUGAUGAUGAUUCGGAGGGAGAUAAUGAAUCAGAGGAAUUUCUCUAUGGAGUUCAGGGGAGCUGUGCGGCUGACCUAUAUCGACACCCACAGCUUGAUGCAGACAUUGAAGCCGUGAAGGAGAUCUACAGUGAGAACUCUGUAUCCAUCAGAGAAUAUGGAACUAUCGAUGACGUGGACAUUGACCUCCACAUCAACAUCAGCUUCCUCGAUGAGGAAGUCUCUACAGCCUGGAAAGUCCUCCGAACAGAACCUAUUGUGUUGAGGCUGCGAUUUUCUCUUUCCCAGUACCUUGAUGGACCAGAACCGUCAAUUGAGGUUUUCCAGCCAUCGAAUAAGGAAGGGUUUGGGCUGGGUCUUCAGCUGAAAAAGAUCCUGGGUAUGUUCACAUCCCAACAAUGGAAACAUCUCAGCAACGAUUUCUUGAAGACCCAGCAAGAAAAGAGGCACAGUUGGUUCAAGGCAAGUGGUACCAUCAAGAAGUUCCGAGCCGGCCUCAGCAUCUUCUCACCCAUCCCCAAGUCUCCCAGUUUCCCAAUCAUACAGGACUCCAUGCUGAAAGGCAAACUGGGUGUACCCGAGCUUCGAGUUGGGCGCCUCAUGAACCGUUCUAUCUCCUGCACCAUGAAGAACCCCAAAGUGGAGGUGUUUGGCUACCCUCCCAGCCCCCAGGCAGGUCUCCUGUGCCCCCAGCACGUGGGCCUCCCUCCCCCAGCACGGACCUCUCCUUUGGUCAGUGGUCACUGCAAGAAUAUCCCUACUCUGGAAUAUGGAUUUCUUGUCCAGAUCAUGAAGUAUGCAGAGCAGAGGAUUCCAACGUUGAAUGAGUACUGCGUGGUGUGUGAUGAGCAGCAUGUCUUCCAGAAUGGGUCCAUGCUCAAGCCAGCCGUCUGUACUCGUGAGCUGUGUGUUUUCUCCUUCUACACAUUGGGAGUCAUGUCCGGAGCUGCAGAGGAGGUUGCUACUGGAGCAGAGGUGGUGGAUCUGCUGGUGGCCAUGUGUAGGGCAGCUUUGGAGUCCCCUAGAAAGAGCAUCAUCUUUGAGCCUUAUCCCUCUGUGGUGGACCCCACUGAUCCCAAGACUCUGGCCUUUAACCCCAAGAAGAAGAAUUAUGAGCGACUUCAAAAAGCUCUGGAUAGUGUGAUGUCCAUCCGGGAGAUGACCCAGGGCUCAUAUCUAGAAAUCAAGAAGCAGAUGGACAAGCUGGAUCCCUUGGCCCAUCCUCUCUUGCAGUGGAUCAUCUCUAGCAACAGGUCACACAUUGUCAAACUACCUCUCAGCAGGCAGCUGAAGUUCAUGCACACCUCACACCAGUUCCUCCUGCUGAGCAGCCCUCCUGCCAAGGAGGCUCGGUUCCGGACCGCCAAGAAGCUCUACGGCAGCACCUUUGCCUUCCAUGGGUCCCACAUUGAAAACUGGCAUUCGAUCCUGCGCAAUGGGCUGGUCAAUGCAUCCUACACCAAACUGCAGCUGCAUGGAGCAGCCUAUGGCAAAGGCAUCUACCUGAGCCCCAUCUCCAGUAUUUCCUUUGGAUACUCAGGAAUGGGAAAAGGACAGCACAGGAUGCCCUCCAAGGAUGAGCUGGUCCAGAGAUAUAACAGGAUGAAUACCAUCCCCCAGACCCGAUCCAUUCAGUCAAGGUUCCUGCAGAGUCGGAAUCUAAACUGUAUAGCACUUUGUGAAGUGAUUACAUCUAAGGACCUCCAGAAGCAUGGGAACAUCUGGGUGUGCCCUGUGUCUGACCAUGUCUGCACACGGUUCUUCUUUGUAUAUGAGGAUGGUCAGGUGGGCGAUGCCAACAUUAAUACUCAGGACCCCAAGAUACAGAAGGAAAUCAUGCGUGUGAUCGGAACUCAGGUUUACACAAACUGAGGGGGCCCCAGCCCUCGUACCACCCCUGUUCCCCCAGGAUCCAUCUGCCCUCAUAAAAGGGCUCAGGAGCAGCAUGUGAGGCUGCCCUGAGGAAUCAAGGGGCCAUUACCGAGGGGCAGGAAAAGCAUAGAAGAGGCGGCCUUCAUGGUGGAGACUGACCCAGGAACCACUCCACAUUUGGAUGGCCCAGACUGACUCCCUACUCCUGAUUUUCCCAGUUGACUUCACCCUGUUUGUAAAUAAAACAAUAAAAUGGAAGGUGCUGUGGACUGGA